AUGGCAGAACCCUCAUUGCCGCUCGACAAAGACCCAAGGUUCAAGAGUGAAUUGGAGGAGUUUGAUGACGGUAGACCUCCAUUCUGUCUGACGUUCCCCGAGGUGAAAUUGCUUGGAAUCGCUGGAGUCGGGUUCUUUUUGGAUGCCUACGACUUAUUCAUCAUCAAUCCUGUUGCUACCAUGCUUCAAUAUCGUUUGUAUGGCGGGAAUAAUCUCCCCACAAACUUGGAAGGGUUUCUCAAAGCUGGGGCAAAUAUUGGGUAUCUUGCUGACUCUCUGGGUCGCAAGGCCGUUUAUGGGAAGGAACUCGUGCUCAUCAUCGUAGCGACAAUUCUGUCGAUCUCAACACCUACCGGAACUCUCUCUCCAAAUCACUGUCUCAUCUACCUAGCCAUGUUCCGCAUCCUCCUUGGCAUUGGCGUUGGCGGGGACUAUCCCAUGUCUGCUUCUGUAACCUCUGAUCGAUCUAAUCUCCGGAAGCGCGGCACUAUGCUCGCUUAUAUUUUCUCAAACCAAGGGUGGGGAAGCUUUGUCGGUAGUCUGGCCACCAUCAUCGUUCUCGCCAUCUACAAAGGCGCGAUUGAGGGGAGACACGAAAUAUCCAAGGUUGACGGCGUUUGGAGAAUCCUCGUCGGCCUCUCGCUCAUUCCUGCCUUCGGAACGCUCUAUCAACGACUCACUCUGCCGGAAUCGAACCGCUACAACGCAUCAAAGACCCUGAGACAAGUCCCUGAUUCACAAGAUGAUGUAGACGAAUUGAAGAAGGAGGAGCAGCCAAAGGUGGAGGUUGUCGAAGUAAAGGAAAUAAUCAAGCAGAAGGCCCACUUCAGAGAAUUUCUCAUUUACUUUUCGGAGUGGAGGCACGCAAAGAUUCUUAUUGGCACUUGCACAUGCUGGUUUCUCCUUGAUAUCGCGUUUUAUGGAAUUAACCUCAACCAAAACGUUGUCCUUCAACAAAUUGGGUUCGCGGGGAACACCGGCUCUCAAUGGACUCGUUUAUUCAAGAUUGGCCUCGGAAAUCUUAUUAUCACUGCGUUGGGAUUUGUUCCUGGAUACUGGGCCACCGUCUUGACGAUUGAGAUCCUCGGCCGAAAGUGGAUCCAGAUACAAGGUUUCUUGAUCGCCGCACUGCUUCUUGCUGUCAUUGCGGGAAAAUUCCACGACCUCAGCAAACCUGCGUUCAUCGUUUGCUUCGCCCUCUUGCAGUUUUUCUUCAAUUUCGGGGCCAAUUCCACAACAUAUUGUUACCCAGCCGAAGUCUUCCCGACCCGCUUCCGCGCCUCAGCUCAUGGCAUGUCAGCCGCCGCGGGGAAGGCGGGAGCUAUCAUUUCGGCGCUCGUAUUUAAUACUCUUUCGAAGAAGAUUGGAACCCCCCACGUUCUAUGGAGUACGUCCCAACAACAAUUCACUUGGUCUAUAAAUAAUUUAUCUCUUGAACUCUCCACAACAGUAUUUUUUGGUUGUUGUAUCGCUGGAGCUGGUAUGUGUUUUCUUGCUUGGGAAUCAACUUUUUCCAACCUCCAGGUAGUCUUCACGCUCCUCCUUCCUGAAGUUAAAGGUCGCGACCCGGACGCCAUCUUUGCGGCUGAAAUUGAAGAGAAACGCAUUGCGACGGGUACUAGGAAGUAAUGAGAUACCCAAUAGGCCAUGUCGACGGGCAUCAUCACGACGCGCUUUGAGAAUUAUACGACAUGUAAUGUAAUAUUUUGGAUUUGCGUAAGUAUUCUUGCCUUAGGGUAUGUGC